UUUUUGUUCAAAUUCGAAUUGAGUUCUUCUUGUUUAGUUAUUGACUUCUGGAUUGCUAGGAUAAAGAAAUUCUCUGAUCCCGCUGCGUAUGCCAGCGUGAUCAGUGGAUUUCUUUCAUUUUUUUUAAGGUUUUUAUUUUUUUUUGUUUAGGAUACGCUCGAUUCUCAAUUAAUUUUUUUUAGGGAUUAGAGUUUUAAGUUUUUGUCUGAAAGGGUGUGGUGUUUUGGAACGUUAGGUUAGGGGAAGCGGAUUUCUAUGCUUACUUGAAAUGGGUUUUUUGUUUUAGUUUCGAGAUAUUUCUCCCAGGUGGUUUCGGUGAAUGUACAUGUUAAAAGAUCAACACUUUGAAAUUCUUGGUGGUUUAUUGUUGCUUGAGGUGGUGGUGAUCUAAACAAGGUUUUUAAAUGGGUGAAAAUUUGGUGGUCAACGUGAACCAGCUGCCCAAGUCUGAGGCGGGUGAGCCCAGCCAGCAGGUUCCUCUGGCUGUAGGAUGUGGGCCAAACGGAAAGAAGCCUGAAAUGGUAGGGUCGUCAUCAUCAAUGGCAUCGGAAGAUGAUAAAGUGGUGGUGAUAGUGGAUAAUGAGGUGGCAGAUGAGGAGGCGCCGCUGAUAGGGAUGGGGGAGUGCCGUAUUUGCCAGGAGGAGGAUUCUCUUACCAAUUUAGAGAGUCCUUGUGCUUGCAGUGGGAGUCUUAAGUAUGCUCACAGGAAAUGCGUUCAGUACUGGUGCAAUGAGAAGGGAGACAUUACUUGUGAGAUUUGUCAUCAGUCAUAUCAACCUGGUUAUACAGCUCCUCCACGUCCUCCAUCUGAUGAGACUACCAUUGAUAUUGGGGGAGUGUGGCAAAUUUCGGGCACGCCACUGGAUAUGCAUGAUCCCCGUCUCCUGGCAAUUGCUGAGGCUGAACGUCAGUUGUUUGAAGCUGAUUACGAUGAGUAUAAUGGUACUAACAGCAGUGGUGCUGCGUUUUGCCGUUCAGCUGCUCUAAUUUUAAUGGCUCUUCUGCUACUGAGGCAUGCUCUGUCCAUUACUGAUGAUGGAGAUGGAGAAGGAGAGGAAGAUGCAUCGACUUUCUUCUCCCUCUUCUUGCUUCGAGCUGUUGGCUUCCUCUUGCCUUGCUACAUCAUGAUCUGGGCCAUCAGUAUCUUGCAACGCAGAAGGCAAAGACAGGUAUAUCACCCGAUAACAAUUCCACCUCUUUACCUCUUGAUUAUGCAUUAUUUUCAUCCAAGAAAAGAACACCCCAAGACUUUGCCACAGAUAUAAACCAGCUUCUGUCAUCUGUGUUUCUAACCAUC